AUGGUCUUAACUGUUUGUUUCCUGGUUCCACCAAAGGCUCCUCACACGCUGCAGAUGAGAACAGGUGUGAGGAUGGGCGACGCCUCCCUGCAGGACUCCAUGGUGGCUGACGGCCUCACAGACGCCUUCCACAGCUACCACAUGGGCAUCACAGCUGAGAACGUGGCGAAGCAGUGGGGAGUCAGUCGAGAGGAGCAGGACCAAUUUGCUGUCAAGUCCCAGAACAAAGCAGAGGCUGCACAGAAAGCAGGACACUUUGAUCAAGAGAUUGUCCCAGUCAUGGUGCCGUCCAGAAAAGGUCCAGUGGAGGUGAAGGUGGACGAGUUUCCUCGCCACGGCAGCAACAUGGAGAGCAUGUCCAAGCUGAGACCCUGCUUCAUUAAAGACGGCAGUGGCACCGUCACGGCUGGGAACUCCUCAGGCAUCAAUGAUGGAGCAGCAGCUACUGUCCUAAUGAGCCAAUCAGAGGCUGCGAAGCGUGGCGUAAAACCCAUGGCCAGAAUCGUAUCGUGGGCUCAAGCUGGCCUUGACCCGUCUGUCAUGGGAACCGGACCGAUACCAGCCAUCAGGAAAGCGGUUGAGAAAGCAGGCUGGCAGCUGGACCAAGUCGACUUAUUUGAGAUCAAUGAAGCGUUUUCUGCCCAGUCUGUUGCUGUGGUUAAAGAGCUCGGCCUGAAUGCAGACAAGGUGAACGUGAGCGGUGGUGCCAUCGCUUUGGGCCAUCCCAUCGGCAUGUCUGGCUGCAGAGUGCUGGUGACCUUGUUGCACGCACUUCAAAGGACUGGAGGCCGAAAGGGCGUGGCAUCUCUCUGCAUAGGAGGAGGGAUGGGCAUCGCCAUGUGUGUGGAGACGGUUUGAGGAGAAAAAUCUGAUGUCGCCGCACAGAUUGCACUUGAUCUUUUUAAUGGAUAAGGGAUACUUAAACUCAUCGUUUACACUGUGGGCCAUGAUAUGAAAUGCUGACGGUUUACCUGGAUUUUUCUAAACACUGUACUUAAGAUGGAAGUGAUGAGAAUUUUUGGAUGUUAUCCAACUAUAGCUCGCCAUUCUCACUGUGAACUUAAAUUCAGCCUUCCUCAGGUUGUAGCUGUGUAGCGUGUGACUUUGUUAGGGGAUUUUAGAUGUCAAAAUAAUGUAAAAUCUAGUGUUUAAUGACAACUUAAACAUGUUCCAGUAAUAAUGUGCUAUGUAAGCACCAUGCUACAGCUGGUAGUUUUUAGCAAGCAAUCAAUGAGGACUAAUUGUUUACCCAUUUAAAAGGGACAGUUCACCUAAAAAUUUAAAUCUAAUGAAAAAAGAUGGCCCUCGGCUUGUAGUGCUCAAUACACCCCCAAAAGAAUGGAAAAAAAACCCUCAACAUAAAUGUCUCAGAGGGAAGCAUGCAGCUACAGCUAGCUUACCUAGCACGAGCUAGCAAACAUGACGGGUCAGCAGAAGUUGAUGUCAUUUAUGUCAAAUUUCAUGCUGUCACAAGCCUCUCAAAACAUGAGCAGAUGCACUGUUCCUUCUGCACAGUGGUACAGUUUGCGGGUGUAGUUUGGUAGAAAGAAAAUAGUUCCUACUUGAAACUGCUUACA